AUGCGUUUCCUGACCCCCCUCGCCCUGGCCGGCACGGCGUACGCCGCGACGGCGACGACCGAGAUUUUCUGCUCGACGGCGUAUGCGUCGACCUCGGUGGCCAGCCCCAAGUCUACCGGCUGGGGGUUGACGACGGCGAGCGAGCUGAUCCUGCAUCUGACUGAGACGCCGACGGUGACGCUGACGCCGGCGCCGGUGACCAGCACGGUGACCACGACGUCGACCGAGGUGGAUGUGGUUGAUACGCAGACCACCGACGUGUACACAACCUCGCACACGGCGACGGUGACGGAGACGGCCACCGAGAUUGAUUCGUUCACGCAGACGGUGACGACGUCGACAACGGUGACCAUCUCAUCGACGACGACCAUCGCCACGCCUGCGGGAUUCACCGCGAUUGCCAGCGAGCUGGGCUACCACGCGAAGCGGGAGCUGGCUGAUCGCGCGGCCACGAGCACUGCCAAUGCGCCUGCUGUCGGCACCGUGACGGCCAGCUCGACCCAUUAUCCCUCGGCCAUUGUCUGCGAGACCCUUGUCACCGACUAUGUCACUCUUAGCCUCACCACCACCCUGUCCAGCUCCGUCACUACCACCGUCGCCCCCAUCACCGCCUGGACCACCGUCAGUGAGACCGCCACUGUCACCAGCACCUCCACCCUUGCGGAUGCCACUACUAUCGUGACUGUCCCCGUCACCGUCUCCACGACGGUGACCUCGACGUCCAGCACAACCACCACCACGACCAGCACUGUGACCGUGGACGCCCCCUCGGCGACCUUCUACGCCCAGUGUGACACCGACAACCGCAUUGACAGCUAUCUGGGCCAGGAGAUCGGUUACAUCUCCUUCAACAGCGCCUUCACCAUGCUGUCGGCCGUCACCACGGACACCACGGGCUACAGCUGCUGCGUGAUCUGUGCCAACACGGACGACUGUACCGGCUGGGCUCAGAGCCCCGCGGGAUACUGCUACUACCUGAAAUCCGACGGCCGGUGCGAUGGUACCAACUCCUUCGGCGAUGUCUUCCACUACUACACCACCGGCGGGCCCACCUACACUAUCGGCAACGGAGCCUGUGGUUUCCUGGACGCCAAGGCUGGGUAUUAG